UGGACACAGAGAGACUUGUAAGCGUCGUCUAUGGCCGAAUCCGUUGGUAAGCAAGUGCUCUCUGCAGUGACGGAGGGGCAUCAUCAUCUUCAGCUGCAACAGGCCAAGCACAAGGAUCAUCAACAUCAACAGAAAAACGCUACCGUAGGUAGCGGUAGCCAUAGUCACCAUAGCGAAAAUCGCCGUUCUCGAGCAGCAAAGUCUUCAAAAGUAAGCUCGACCAAAAUCAGCUUGCCCUCUGCCCAGGAACAGCCCGAUUGCGCCGCUUUACAACAGUCUGCCAAACUGCUGGUACAUUCAGAUACGAUCGAGAAAGCAACAUCACAUCGUAGCGUUAAACGUAAGCACAGUUUACCGCAGAUUGGCGCAACAGAAGCACUACAUAGUGCUAGCACAAGCACCCUAUCGGUGGAUCAUCCAGUUGCGAAACGGCAAUCCUUGAAUUCUAAAGCAGCACCCGACACGCAGCCAUUGGUUGCUGCUGUUCCGGUAGCUUAUCGUACCAGAUCUCGUACAACUUCCAAAGAGCUUGUGUUUACCGGAACCUGUAGCAGCACCGCGGUUAGUCCAAGUAGUACGGGCGCGUACGGUUUCGAUCUCAAACACCAACAGCAGCAGCAGCAGCUGCAACAAGAGGUGCAAGAGCUACAGCAAACAUUUGCUUCGCCUCCAAAACCUGCAGACUUACGCAAUAGUCGUACCAAAUCAUCCACAAAAACAUCUCACUCAGAACCUAGGGUUUCGGGAUUAGACGCCGAGCCUGGUUCUUAUGAAAGUACAAAACCCGCGAGCAGUAGUACAAUAUUCGUUGAGCACUGUUCGACAUCCGAUAGUAUCAAUCCACCGACAUUCGUUUCUUCUUCCCUGCCAACAGUUGUUCAAUUAACUGAUAGAACUGCAUCAUCUGAAUCUGGUUCUACUGUUGAAGUGCAGCAGCCAAAGGCAAAACGAGGAUCAUCUUCUUACACAAAUCGAGGUAGUGGAGACAAUACCUGUCCUGCCUCAUCGAUCGCAUCUUCGUCACGUGGAAUUAGCAAAAAUAAGCAUCGUAAAUCCACAAACAGCUCAUCAUCGUCGAAGCUUUUGAAAAAAAUUACCGACCAAAGGUAUUUGUUGACGGAAGAGACCAAAGUAGCGUCAAAGGCAACUAUCAAACUAGGUCAAAAGCGUACGAAAAGCGAUCGCAAGUUGCAGCAAGAAUCUACAUCAGCAGCUUCGCGCCCCUCAUCAUCAGAAAUCCCUACGUCGGAGGCAGCGGCGGAGUCGGCUGUGGAAGUAAUCACAAUUCGCAACUUGCGGUCACAUCAACAUCUGCAACAACAGCAGCAACAUCUAACUUUAACUGCAACCGUUAACGAACUUGGAAUCGUGACCGGUGCGCAGGUAUCCUCGAACGCAGUUUCGUCUGCAUCAGUUCCCUGUUAUUCUGCUUCUCCUUCUACGUCCGGUGGUGCGCAAGUGCCCAAAAAGCGCCAGAAAGUGGGGGGGGAUCACAAUAAUCACCAUAACCACCACCCGCACCAACAACAUCAGCAACAGCACCCGAACCUGGGGGCAAGACUAGCAUCGCGUAGUAGUGGUGGUAGGGAGCAACAUAACAAUCACCACUUACCAAGCCCUGUUGGUCUGCAGCAUUACCAGCAGCAUCAGCAAUCGCAACCACUACCACAACCGCAUCAGCCGCCGCAUUUGGUUGUCCAUCACCAGGGGCAACAGCAGUUGUCGCAACACUACGCUCUACAUUCCCAGCAGCUUCCUCACUUUGCCACCCAACAGCAACAACAGCAGCAUCAGCAACACUUUCACCAUUACCAACAGCAACACUUACCAUCGCAUCCGCAGCAAAUACUUCAUCAGCAGCAAGUUGUUGCUGUGCCAGAAGCGAGCGGACUUCAUCACACGCAGCAGUACGAAAUAGCGCAGCCAGGUCGCAGUAGUGGAGGUUUACUAAGACGCAGUUCUCGGGGCAAGAGUUCCCAUUCAUCCGCAACCACGGGGUCUUGCGUUAGUUCAAAUCCAACCAACAAUCCCUACCACCAGCCGCAAUCGCAAUCAGCGUCAUCAUCGCGGUCCGGUAGCCAUCAUCAUCAUCAUCACCGAGGUGGUGGUGGUGGCGGAGUACCAAGCGGUGCCGUGCAUUUGAGCAACGCGGCCGCGGUUAUCGCUGGCACUUCCACCUCGAAAGGAGGUCCAUCAAAGGGGACGAUCCUUUUGGCAACGAGUUUCGACGGAGGCGCUAUUGGUGGGGGUGGCGGUGGUCCCUCUACCUCGAAUGCGAUGGCCAACGAUGGUUCUCGUAAUAACAAUAACAACAAUAACAACAGUGGAGUCAACGAUGUAACGAACUCGUCGCAUCAACAGCAGCACUCCCAAUCUCAUCCGUUCAUAAAACUGACGAAAGCAACACUGGGUGGUUCAGGGUCAUCAUCGGCUUCCGCGUCGGGAAUGCCACCGCAUCAACCCUCCUCGUCAUCUUCUGCGAUGGUGGAUGUGAAUAUGCUGCAUGCGACUGGUUCAACAGGAGGAGGAGCUGCCGCUUCAUCAUCGUCCAGUUCGGCAGCGGUGAGCGGUUCAGCAGUACCACCCCAUCCUGACUCAGAAAGUGACGAUAGCGAGGUAGGCCGCUUGCAAGCGCUUUUGGAAGCACGUGGUCUUCCUCCACAUCUCUUUGGAGCGCUUGGGCCACGGAUGCACCAUCUGCUGCAUCGUACGAUGGGAACUAACAGCAGUUCGUCGAAGGCCCAACAGCUGCUCCAGGGUUUACAGUGCCCAGACGAAAGCCAGCAGUUGCAGGCUGCCAUCGAAAUGUGCCAAAUGUUGGUAAUGGGCAAUGAGGACACUCUGGCCGGAUUCCCGAUCAAGCAAGUAGUGCCGGCACUAAUAACACUGUUACGUAUGGAACACAACUUCGACAUUAUGAACAACGCGUGUCGUGCGUUGGCUUACAUGUUGGAAGCUCUGCCCCGCUCAUCCGGAACUGUGGUCGAUGCAAUACCAGCAUUUCUUGAAAAACUUCAAGUAAUUCAGUGCAUGGAUGUGGCAGAACAAAGCCUAACGGCUCUUGAGAUUUUAUCCCGACGGCACAACAAGAGCAUCCUACAGGCAAAUGGCGUCGCUUCCUGUCUGACGUUUCUCGAUUUUUUCUCGAUCAACGCACAGCGUGCAGCCUUGGCUAUCACUGCGAACUGUUGUUUGAAUCUACAUGCUGAGGAAUUUCACUUUGUGAAAGAUUCGUUAGCGCUUCUGGCACGAUUGCUGGCACAGCACGAUAAAAAAAGCGUCGAGAGUAUCUGUACGGCUUUCUAUCGCCUGGUCGAUAGUUUCCAACAUGAUCAAACGGUCCUGCAGGAGAUCGCGAGCAUGGAGCUGUUGAAAAAUUGUCAACAGUUACUGGUAGUAACACCGUCUGUACUGAACAGUGGGACCUUUACGAAUGUUGUGCGCAUGCUGAGCGUGAUGUGCGCAAACUGUCCGGAUCUAGCAAUAACUCUUCUGAAGAAUGAUAUUGCUUCAACAUUGCUAUACCUGCUGACAGGGUCGGCGGAUGCGGUGACUACAGAUGUCGAGCUGGUUCCCCGCAGUCCCUCGGAGCUGUACGAAAUAACUUGCUUGAUCGGAGAGCUAAUGCCCCGCCUGCCUACGGAUGGAAUUUUCGCGGUUGACGCAUUGCUAGAGCGACCACAACCCACGGUGCAGGAUGCUGUUCAAUGGCAGUGGCGCGACGAUCGGGGCGUCUGGCGACCAUAUUCUUCCAUUGAUUCGAGAAUGAUUGAAGCCGCACAUUUAAAUUCAGAUGAUGAGAUAAGUCUCAGCACGCUUGGUCGUACCUAUACGAUUGAUUUCCACUCUAUGCAGCAGAUAAACGAGGAUACCGGUACGACGCGGUCAGUGCAAAGAAAAAUUAACCACCAAAUGCUUGCCCAACAAGGAGCUGCGGCAGCAGCCGCAGCAGAAGCUGCAGCAGCGGCAGCCGCAGUUGUAAUCGUGAGUCCCCCAAGCAUGGGUGGUAGUUCAACGUCUGCCACGCCAGCUGAGGUUAGUGGGAUCGCUACAGGAUGCUCGGAUGGAGUAGCUACAUCCUGCGCUGCUGUGGGUGUGGGCACUGGAUCCCUGAAUUUAGCCACGAGACCACCAAAUGCCCAACGCGACGCGCGAAUCGCGUGCUUGAAAGAGGAACGCGGCCUUGCGGCGGAGUUUAUUCGUAAUCUGUUUUCGGUGCUAUAUGAGGUGUACAGUUCAUCAGCAGGGCCUUCGGUGCGGUACAAAUGUCUACGAGCGCUGCUUAGGAUGGUUUAUUUCGCUAACGGUGAUUUGCUGCGAGAUGUCCUUAAAAACCAGCUUGUCUCAUCGCACAUAGCAGGUAUGAUGGCCUCGAACGACAUGCGUAUAGUGGUUGGUGCGAUGCAGAUGGCAGACAUUUUGAUGCACAAGUUACCCGAAGUCUUUGGCAUGCAUUUCCGCCGGGAAGGAGUGAUGCAUCAGUUCAAGCAGCUGACCGACCCUUCGAUUCCGAUUUGUGCAGCACCAUCCCCGAAAUCGACAGGCGGUACACAAAGUGCACCGGCAUCUGCCACAAUCCUUCCGAGCGGCGGAAGCAGCCAGACAUUUGAUUUUGAUAGCAGCGCCAUCGCAUCAAGCUCGAAAGCAGCAGCUGGCCAUGUUGCGAUAGCCAUUGGAGGCAAUGCGGGAGGGUCGCACGUGAAAAAUCUUUCCUCGGCGAUGAUGAUGGCUAGCAGCAAGAUGAGUUCUCAUCAUCAUCAUCAGCAUCUCUCGCACCAUCUACAUCAGCAGCAGCCAUCGUCAUCGGCAUCGACGCUGGCUGUAGCCAGUGGUAGUGGUAGCGGCAGUUACACAUCGACAACCGCAAGUGCAAACGCGAUGACCCUUAACAAAACUUCCUCGCUGCGACAGCAGGCAGUACAUCAUCAUCAUCAUCAUCAUCUGUUGAAUUUGAUGCCACACACCGUUGCGCCGGGAAGCGGGCAAGUCGCAAGCGCCGGUCAGCAUUUGCCUGUGGCAAGUUUACACCACUUGGACCCAAGCACCACUGGGGCUAUUGUCCAGCCGAUCGUACAGCCCACUCCUGGCACCUCAAUUGUGACGGCAACGGUAACAACUACGAGCAAUGGAAAUAUUUUGCUAAACGCCAUUUAUAACUCGGCAGCAGCCGCAGCGAUGAACCCGAUAAAUCAACAUCAGGCUUAUCCACAACCACACGCUCAUCCGCAUUCUCUGCCUCAUCAUCAUGGCCAUCAUGCGCAACAACCGACUGGGGCUACGGUGACACAUAUCUACCAGCCACCGCAUCACUUUUCGGAUGCUUUCAGUGGUUAUAACGUAGCUGUUACAGAUCAAACGAACGUUGCACUAUUGGCAGGCACUACCGUUGUUGGAGCUCCCAGUGGAGCAACACCUGUGAUGGUUAACAAUAGCACUGCUGGAACGCUUGCUGGUAGUUCCACGCAAGGUAUUGGCGUUCCGUCGAGCAGUAAUUCCUCGGCAUCCCUGGCCGUUGGAGGGCAUCAUUCUCACGACAAUAGCAGCAGUGCGAGCAAUUCGGGGCAGUUGAAGAUGUCCGACAUUUUGAAGCGCAAGGUACCACCGAAACGAAAGUCUCAGGGAAGCUCCAAAUCUAAAUCUCGUCAUGAAGAGAGUCAUGGUGGCAGUGGUGCAGGAUCUUCCUCAUCUGGAAACGGAGCCACAGCGGCAUCUACCAGUGGAAACAGUGGUUCUGGAGGAGUGUCUUCGGUCAUGCAAGAAUUCAUUAACAAGGCUACGACGAUGGGGGCUGGAUCAUCUUCUUCCGGAAGACAUACCCCGGCGUCCGGAUCAGGUUCGUCCCGAUCGAGAUUUACAGGUGCUUCGUCGAAAACAACUUCCUUCUUGGCAUCACUUAAUCCUGCACGCUGGGGGCGACAGUCGUCUUCAUCCUCAGCAGCAUCUACAUCCCACCACGCUUCGUCGUCUGGUUCCGGAUAUAGCAAAGAUGGAAGCGGUAGCAGUUCACUAAAUAAGAGCCAUUCGAAUUCGAACCUCAUUGCUGCAGGCAAUCGCGAGAAGGCUCGCCAAUGGAUUCGUGAUCAAGCAGUAGUCUUUGUCAAUCGUUAUUCAGCAGAUACGGCAAACGUUACAAUUGGUGGCGCAGGUGGCGCUAGUGGUGGAGUUUUGCAGCAGCACCCGGCGUGUACAAUCUUAAUUCGGCUCACUGAAGCCAUACGAAAGUUGGACGGCCAUAAGGACGAAUGCCUUGGAGCACUGAAGGAACUACGGAACAUUCUGAUGGAAAGUGAUAUAUCUCCGUUCGAAGUGAAUCAUUCGGGUCUAAUUCGCGCGAUGCUGAACUACAUGGCCAAUGACGAGAAUCCAUUGGUUGAAAGAGCAACGCGUUUGAGAAUGUUCUUGCAUGUGUUUGCUGGGCUGCCACUGGAUGCCAGCUACUCGCAAACGGGAUCGGAUGGAUCGACUUGCAUAACUGGGGUAGCCUUUAGUGCAUUUGUGGCCAAAUUAAAUGGAUGCGUAACUCAGCUAGAGCAGUUUCCCGUAAAGGUGCACGAUUUUCCCGCAGGCGUCGGUGGACGAUCCAAUACAAGUGCUCUUAAAUUCUUCAACACACAUCAACUGAAGUGUAAUCUUCAACGCCAUCCAGAAUGUACAAAUUUGCGCCAGUGGAAGGGUGGUACCGUGAAAAUUGAUCCCCUUGCAUUAGUGCAGGCCAUUGAACGAUAUUUGGUCGUCCGUGGGUACGGUGGUAUACGCGUAGAUAGUGAAGAGGAUUCUGAAGAAGACAUUGACAACAUCGAUGCAGCAGCCAUGAUUUCAAUGGGUGGACUGAAGCACAAACUACAAUUUUUGAUUGGCGAACACAUUCUACCGUACAACAUGACUGUAUACCAAGCUAUCCGACAGUACUCGCCGCUGGUCAACGAUCAGUCCGAGACAGAUACCGAUACCGAAACGCCAAUAGGAAGUGCUAGUAUAUGGGUACAGCAACAUACGAUCUAUUACCGUCCGGUGACAGACGAAUCGGGAAGUUCGAAUAAGGGUCCCUCGGGCUCAUCUCGAAAAAAUAGUAAAAACUCAUCGCAAUCGAAGAUCAUUCGUCGUAAACCUGAGUUCUGGAUUGACGGUCAAGUUCCGGCGAUUGUAUCUCCACUUGGUCCAUUCCUCACAUCCAAGCUACCGGAUGUUGUUACGGUACAAGAUGCGUCUCUAGACGCCCUGUGUAUGCUGCGUAUCAUAAACGCGCUCAAUCGACACUGGGCCACAUUAUACUUCUCGGUGCCACAGGUUCCCAUCGUUCCACAAAUUGAGUUUAUCCAUUCAAAGAUUGCAGCCAAGGCUAGUCGUCAGCUACAGGAUCCACUAGUGAUUAUGACAGGAAAUUUACCACAAUGGCUUCAGCAGAUUGCGGUUGCAUGUCCGUUCCUUUUUCCUUUUGAAACACGUCAUUUGUUAUUUUACGCAGUCUCGUUCGAUCGAGACAGAGCACUACAGCGGCUGCUCGAUACUACACCUGAUCUCAAUUCGGCUGACACGAGCGAACGUGUGACACCGCGUCUCGAUCGUCGAAAACGAGCCAUUUCGCGAGAAGACAUUUUGAAGCAGGCAGAAUCGAUCAUUCAAGACUUUGGACACUCGAAGGCACUGCUGGAAAUUCAGUACGAAAACGAGGUCGGCACGGGUCUGGGGCCAACGCUCGAGUUCUACGCGCUGGUCUCGACGGAACUGCAACGCUGUGAUUUAGGCUUAUGGAAUGAUAGUGAUAGCUAUAAAAACAAUAAUCAACAAUCGACUACGAUCGCGGAUAACAUCGUUAAAUCGUCAAUGAGUGGGGGUGUCCUAGAUGAUGGAAGCUUAGAUACAACCACGAUGACGACAACCGCUACGACGAUUGCUUUGGUUAAUAUGACGAUGACCCGUUCAUCGAUUGGAUCAAAUCGCGGCAGUGAUGAGACAGCCAACAAUAGCGUCAGUGGAAUUAGCGACGACAACAGCAGUUUCAUGAUCAGCAAUGAUAAUUCCCUGAAUAUGUUAAUUGAGCAAUCGGAUCAAUUGCUCCAGCUGAAUCCCCAACAGGCAGAAUUGGAAAACAAUUCAACGCCUCCACCAGCUCUGCCCCCGUCAUCUUUAGUCGACGUGGAAGGACUGAUGAUAACACCACUCUCAAGCAACGGUGGUAGAGGAAGUACUGCGGACAGUUCAGUUGCUGUGGGAACGGGCAUCGUUUCGUACGUGAAUGCCCCUCGAGGACUAUUUCCGAUUCCGCUCAGCAAGACGGCAAAGACAUCACAAAUCUCUCGUCUGAAACAUAAAUUCAAGUUCUUGGGAAAAUUUAUGGCCAAAGCUGUUAUGGAUAGUCGCAUGCUCGAUUUACCCUUUUCCAUACCGUUUUAUCGUUGGAUGCUGAGUGAGGAAGGCUCGAUCGGCUUAGCCGAUCUGGGUCAGGUAGCGCCAGAAGUACAGAGCACAUUGCUCCGUUUGAAUGAAAUCGUGAAGCAACGGGACCAAAUUCAGGCAGAUCCGGCUCUCAAUGCCAUGGAAAAGACUGAAAAGAUCGAAAUGCUAGAUUUGGAUGGGUGUCCAAUAUCCGAUUUGGGUCUUGAUUUUGUUCUCCCUGGUCACCCGAACGUCGAGCUGCGGCGUGGUGGGCGAGAUAUGGCGGUUACGAUCAACAACUUGCAUCAGUACAUUUCUCUCGUGACACAUUGGUUCUUAGCCGAAGGAGUAUCACGCCAAUUUGAGGCACUACGUGAAGGAUUCGAUACGGUGUUCCCUAUGAAUCGUUUGCAGAUGUUCUAUCCCGAGGAGUUGGAGAACGUUUUCUGCGGUUCUGGUAUCGGUGGAUCACAGCAACAGCGUUGGGAUUCCCGAAUGCUUGCCGAAAGCUGCCGAACAGAUCACGGCUUCAGCCAGGAUUCUCCGGCGAUUCAAUUUUUCUACGACAUUCUUGCAACAUAUAAUCGAGAAGAGCAACGUCUAUUUCUACAAUUCGUCACCGGUAGUCCGCGGUUGCCGACAGGAGGAUUCAAAGCUCUUACGCCACCGCUGACGAUUGUGCGUAAAAAGAUGGAUGGCAAUCAGAACCCAGACGAAUAUCUGCCUUCGGUAAUGACUUGCGUAAACUACCUGAAAUUACCGGAUUAUUCGAAUCGCGAGGUGAUGCGUCAAAAGCUGAAGAUUGCGGCCAGUGAAGGAAGCAUGAGUUUCCAUCUCUCGUAAACAGUAGUCGUCUCUUCUUAUCGCUCCUUUGCAAAAGGCGAAAAGGGAAUGAGUUUGUGUGUGCGUGUUCACGUUACUUGUGUUCGAGCGCCUGCGAGGAGCCCUUACCGGUGAUUUGCAGUAGCAAUAUUUUCUGCCCGGUGUGUCGUACUUCGAGCAUGCUUACUUCUUUGUGCAUAAUAAUCAAACAAUUCAGAGCAAGCAAUGGGUGGCCAUGUAAACAAUGUCUAAAACUCUAUUCCUUUGUGUAGUAGCAAAAAUACAUUGUUGUACGAAUUCUCGCCCGAUAUUCCCGUACAGGUGUGCUUGUGCCACAGAGGGCGGAGCGGUGAGCGCGAACGAUGUAAAUAAUCUUUUUCUUUAGUGUCCUGCUAUACAGCUCAUAAAUCAUAAUGGAUUAUGAAACUAUCAUUAUGGGAAUAACUUAAGAUUAAUAAAAAGCAGAAAAGAAACAAAACAAGCCAUGAGUCGCAUGACGGUUUUUUGCGGAAUAUAAUUGAAUGAAAGUUUAUACUAUCGGCAUUAUCACCGCCGUGUUCGCAUUGAAAGGUCCCGUCAUCGUCAUUCCUCGAGAAUCAGACCAAUGGUGAAAGGCCAACGAUUCUUCAGUGGGUUUUGUUAUCAAUCACACAGAAGGAAGAUCCAGCAAUGUGCGAAUUGAGCUAAUCGAAGAUCGUUAUUGGCCCAAGUAGGAACUCAUUGAGAUUUCUUGUUGCAGCGAGAUAUUCACGUGUGCAACUGACGUUCAAAGCGUUGCAAGCAACUGUAGAGAUAAGAUAAGGGAUGAACCACACAUGCACGGAAAUGCUAUUAUGAGCUGGUUUUGAAAUCCUUUUAAGGGCUUCGCAGAUUGAUUCUGGUUGAGUAAAAGCUUUAGUUCAAGUAAUUUCAAUUGCCACAUUUGGGUGGGACACAUGUUUAUACAAUCCCACCGGAUGAAUUCAAUAUUAUCGGUAGUUGAAAAGAAAACCAGUCUACUACCGUGUGUAUAUUUUAAACAAAGUUCGAAUGCUCCUAUGUAGUGUUUGAUGAAUCUUCGAGAAAAAUCAAACACUCGAUAAAUGAAAAACGUUCACAGAGAUACGGCGAAGCGCUGGAGUCAUAGUUACAAUAAAUGGAAUCGAAUCACGGAACAUAGUGAAAGGCAAAAAACAAUCGCUAGAGUUAAAGUUAGCAAUGACGAGAGUGGGAAAUGCAUUGAACGAAGUAGUUGUUUUAAUAUUACUCUUAAGUGUAGAGUUUUCUUAUGUUCAUAACAACAUUUCUAACAAGGGGGUGCAUAUUAUGAAGAUCCAAACGAUCAAAAACGUGUUGGGGUUUUCCUAAUCAACAACUUAUAUUUCGCGGUAAGCCAGAAUAGAACAUUUAAUUUUUUAAUGCAAAUACAUUUGUUAGGCUUCAUUUCGAUAUUGUUUGUUUGCGUUGGAUAACUAACUUGUUUCGAUAAGGAAACAUUAUAGGGGAAAGUAAUUUUAAGAUAAGGUUUGAGCUGUAACAGUAGCGUCUCAAAAGUUAAUCAGCUAUUAACCAGAAUCGAUGGUACAAGACACGAUUCGUAGCAAAAAAAGAUAGAAGGAAAUAAAUUCUACAUCUUAAAUAAGCAUCCCGGUGCAGACACAAAUUCUACCCAGAAUCAGUGAUCAUAAUCGAUACCUAAUAUCGUUGGUAGUGUUUAAGUAUAUUCGCUACAGUGUGAGAAGUAUAAGCAUAUACAUAAAAAUAAUAAAAUUCAAAGGUCAU